GGUCAUGUGACUAAGAAGAGGAAGUUGGCGAGUCAUGAGCGCAGUGUACGGUGGAGUGGAGGGUGGUGGGACACACUCUAAAGCAGUUCUGGUUUCUGCUGAGGGUGAUAUACUCGCCGAGACAGAUGGACUAUGUACCAAUCAUUGGCUGGUUGGCGUUGAUAAUUGUAUCAGUGGAAUCAACGAAAUGGUCCAGAGGGCUAAAAUUAAGUCAGGGCUGGACCCAGACACACCAAUUUGUUCACUGGGUAUGUCUCUGAGUGGUGGAGAGCAGAAGGCUGCCAUCCAAAAGCUGAUUGAUGACAUGCAUGAGAGAUACCCUAAACUAAGCCAAAGCUAUUUUAUUACCACUGAUGCCAUUGGCGCAAUGGCAACUGCCAGCGACUAUGGAGGUAUAGUGGUGAUUUCAGGCACUGGCUCGAACUGUAAACUGGUGAAUCCAGAUGGCACACAGAUUGGCUGUGGGGGGUGGGGUCACAUGAUGGGCGAUGAGGGCUCAGGUAAUCAUACAAAAAGAGAAAUCAACUGACAUUAUAGCAGUGUA